AUGUCCUCGCAAAUCACUUCGGGAAUCGCUUUACGCAUCGCCGGUGCGACUACACUCGCCUACGCUACAACAUUCCUUGGCAUAGCAUUGUACAACAGGCACGCCGCCACCCCUACUAGUCCCAUCGAGGCUCUGCAAAGUAAAGUCGAUAUCUUGUUCCCCGAUCUCGCGGCACGCGUCACUGUCAAACGCAUCAUGACGACACGCAUGGAAUAUUGGUUUGCGGAGAUGCGGGAUGGGGAGGGUGGGGUGUUGGAGAGAUCGCCGAUGUGUCGGAGUGAGGGGCAGGCGGUAGGGGAGUUGGAAAGGUUGAUUAGGUUUGGAGGAGGUGGGGUGCAGGAAUUGGAUGGGGCGGAAGAUAGGUUGUGCUGUGGACAUCGCGAGUCGUCAGAGUGUGUCAAUCAGUACUACGAGUGCAUCGUCCUCGCCGGCCCUCUACCCGAGAAUGACGUCAAAAUUUGGACAGCGUAUAUGUGUGAGACGAUCGAUGGACAAAACUUCAUCGUGCGACCUCACCGUUGCAUAGGAGCAAAGACGAGGCAGUGGAUCAGCUGUGGCCCUUGA